AUGGCUAUCCUACAAGAGUACCCAACCCUUCAGGUCAGCAUCGUAUGCGAUGGCCUGGCACUACCAGAGUUUGACAACGACGAACAUGAGAUGCCCGGCGCCGUCACAAAGUAUAUCGAGGCAAAAUCUACUGCCGAGUUCGCAGUGCAGUUCGACCUCUACAAGCCAUACCCCGUCCAUGCCAUGAGCAUCCAGCUCUCUAUCGAUGGCAAGCUUGUUCGCUCGCGCAUCAUAGGCAAUCACCAAUACAAACGGAGAACAGCAAGCGUGGCGAGAACAUUCGACGAAGUCGUCUCCAAAAUCGCUGACGGCCAAUGUACAAUCCAAAAGUUCUGCUUCUCCGAGCUUGAGAUUGAUGACUCGGAUAGCUGCGCGCUGGAGAGAUCGACUCCCAAGGAUCUACGCUCCAUGGGUGUCAUCACCCUCAGAGCAUACUACAUUUACAAUCUUCGAGAAGUGCCUAUGAAGGAGAGGACUGUGGACAGAAAAAGAUACGACAUGGGCCCAAUAUCAGAGAAGAUGCUGAAAGGCAAGGCUCUUACGCACCGCACUGGACUAGGUACAGCAGUCAACAUGGCCUAUGAAACAAGCCCAACUCAUACGAUAUUCGAUUACGUCGAUCCUUACAGCAUGCCUUUUGCUACUUUUCACUUCAAAUACCGCUCCAGAGCUGCCCUCCAGUCGCUACUUAUCAUCCCGCGCAGUCCCAGUCCUGACCCCCGCCAAGCAACGAAUUCCAAUGUUCUCAAGAUGGAUGAAUUUCCGGAGUCACAUGAUCGAGAGGGUAUGGCGGAGGAUAUGAAGCAGCAACUCGGUGUCAAGCGUGAGCAUGGCGCUAUUGGAAGUGAUGACGAAGUAGUGUUUGUGUCUGCAACAAAACGCAUUCGAUAUAUGAAUGGGGUGGAGCUUAUUGAUCUCACUUGA